CCCUGCCCGGGGGGGCUCCGCUCGAGGCCGAGUGUCCAUGUCGCUGCCGCGGUGCGCGCUGCGCUGGGCCCAGUUCCCAGCCCGGGUGGGCGCCGCGCUGCGGCCGGGCCUGGAGCUGGGCCCGCGGGUGCUGGGCCGGGCCGCCGCCGGAGCCUGGUACUCCUCCUCGUCGUCCUCGGGCGGCUCCAAGGCUCCGAACACGUCCCUCUACGUCCCGCUGCCCGUGAAGCCGCUGGGACCCAGCGCCGCGGGCGACGUGGGAGCGGAGCUCACGCGGCCGCUCAAUAAAGCUGAAGUCAGGAAAGUCUUAGACAGAUUUUACAAGAGGAAAGAAAUACAGAAACUGGGCACCGAUUAUGGCCUGGACGCCCGACUCUUCCACCAAGCGUUCAUCAGCUUUAGAAAUUUUAUUUUGCAGUCGCAGUCCUUGGACGUGGACAUUCACAUCACACUGAAUGACAUCUGCUUCAGUGCAGCUCACGUGGAUGACCUUUUCCCAUUCUUCAUAAGACAUGCAAAGCAGAUGUUCCCAAUGCUGGCUUGUAAGGAUGAUCUCCGAAAGAUCAGCGAUUUACGACUUCCACCCAACUGGUACCCAGAAGCCAGAUCAAUUCGACGGAAGAUCGUGUUCCAUGCCGGCCCUACCAACAGCGGGAAGACUUACCACGCCAUCCAGAGCUACUUGGCAGCCAAGUCUGGUGUCUACUGUGGCCCUCUAAAGCUGCUGGCCCAUGAGAUCUUUGCAAAGAGUAAUGAUGCUGGUGUGUGUUGUGACUUGGUGACGGGGGAAGAACGAGUGAUCACAGACCCCGAUGGAAAACCAGCUGCCCAUGUCGCUUGCACUGUUGAGAUGUGUAGCGUCACGUCCCCUUAUGAAGUGGCCGUGAUUGAUGAAAUUCAGAUGAUUAAAGAUCCAGCUAGAGGGUGGGCCUGGACGAGAGCGCUCCUGGGGCUCUGUGCAGAAGAAAUCCAUUUGUGUGGAGAAGCUGCUGCUAUUGAUAUUGUGACAGAGCUGAUGUACACCACGGGAGAGGAAGUGGAGGUUCGGACCUAUGAGAGACUUACUCCCAUCACCGUGUUGAAUCACGCUCUUGAGUCUUUAGAUAACCUUCGGCCUGGGGACUGCAUUGUCUGUUUUAGCAAGAAUGACAUUUACUCUGUGAGUCGUCAGAUUGAGAUUCGGGGCUUGGAGUCGGCUGUUAUAUACGGCAGCCUUCCCCCUGGGACAAAGCUUGCCCAGGCGAAAAAGUUUAAUGAUCCCGAUGAUCCGUGUAAAAUCCUGGUGGCUACAGAUGCAAUUGGCAUGGGGCUGAAUUUGAGCAUAAAAAGAAUUAUUUUUAACUCUCUCAUAAAGCCCAGUAUCAAUGAGAAGGGGGAAAAGGAAAUGGAGCCGAUCAGCACCUCACAGGCUCUGCAGAUCGCGGGCAGAGCUGGCAGAUUCAGCUCCAAGUUUAAGGAAGGGGAGGUUACUACCAUGUACCCAGAAGACUUGAAAUUACUGAAGGAGAUUCUGAGUAAGCCAGUGGAGCCCAUAGAGGCAGCUGGCCUUCAUCCUACCGCUGACCAGAUUGAAAUGUUCGCAUACCAUCUCCCAGAUACGACCCUCGCCAAUCUUAUAGAUAUCUUUGUGGACUUCUCCCAAGUCGACGGGCAGUAUUUUGUCUGCAACCUGGAUGAUUUCAAGUUCUCGGCAGACCUCAUCCAGCAUAUCCCCCUGAGCCUGCGGGUGAGGUACGUGUUCUGCACGGCCCCCAUCAACAAGAAGCUGCCAUUUGUCUGCUCGUCCCUGUUACAGUUUGCAAGGCAGUACAGCCGGAAUGAGCCUCUGACAUUCUCCUGGUUACGCCGCUACACCAGGUGGCCCUUACAGCCACCGAAAAACAUCAAGGACCUCGUGGAACUGGAAGCCAUUCAUGAUGUUCUGGAUCUCUACCUGUGGCUAAGCUACCGGUUUGCAGACAUGUUUCCUGAUGCUAACCUCGUCCGCGACCUCCAGAAAGAGCUGGAUGACAUCAUCCAGAAGGGUGUGCACAGCAUCACCAGGCUGAUUCGCAUGUCUGAGUCCCAGCGGAUGUUGAACUUGGACAGUUCCCCAGCAGGGAAACAGGACCAGCUGCUCAGGGCUGUGAAGCCCAGCUUGCGGGAAGCAACAGGGGCCAAAGCCACAGAUGCCAUUGUGGCGGAGAGUCUGGCUUCAAAGUCUCUAGCCUCAAAGCUGGUGCGGCAAGGGCGGAUCACACCACACAUGCUGAAGCAGCUGAGGAAGGAGUGGUUAAAGCAGCAGGCGGAGGAGCGGGCUGGGGCAGAGUACGACGACCCCUCAGGGAGGACGAGGAGGAAGAAGAAGGACCCCAACGCUCCUUAGGUUUUCAGUUACAAAAUAAAAGUGGCUUCUGUUUGGAAAGCCUUCUUCUGGUUCGCUCUCGAUCCUGGCUGCUCUCCCCUGCGGCAUGGGCCCCCAGCUGUGUGCCCAGAUCUUGGGGGCACCUGCUGGCAGGGGCUGGUGCUUCAGGCCCCUCACCCCACAUUGUCUGGGAUCACAAGAUCUGUCCUAAGUAACCGAAUGGUGUGGUCUGUGUGUCAUUGGCUCUCUCUGUAGACUGUCGCACAGACCUUCCCUUUGGGUCCUCUCUUCCAGCACAGUGAUGGUCCAUUCCCCAAUUGAUGGGCACUCCCUUAUUGUGCAGUUUUUGCUACUACAAAGAGCUGCUAUGAAUAUUACCUAUGGAUCCUGGUCGUUUUGGGUUUGGCUGGGUCAGAGGGUAUGCGCCGUUCUGUGGCUUGAGACCAGAGCUCCAGUUUUCCACUGAGUCUCCACCGGCAGUGCAUUAGUGGGCCUGCUUUCUGCCGCCCUUCCAAGCCCUUCCAAUUGUUGUCCUUUUCCUUUGCUGGUCUGAAGGGUGUGAGGGCGGAGCUCAGAGUUGUUUUCAUUUGCAGUUUUCUAAUUCAUGAAUGAUUCGGCUGUUGAAGCACUGGAAAGCAUCAUUUCUAUAACUAAUGAGCCCUGGAGCCGUAGUAAUAGGUCAGGCCUUAAGUCCACCCAUCACAUUGAUUCUUGAAAGAUUGAUUCCUGGGCCUCUUGUCCCACUUCUCUGCAGCUUUUCAGACCACGCUUUGAAUGCUCUAGAAUGAAAUGAAUAGAAUUCUCACUGUUGACUCUUGGGGAUCCGAGAAAACUUGGGUUCCUCCCUAGUUAAAGUCAGAGCUGAUGCAGGGUAGACCCCCAGUCCCUGGGUCAAGCUUUCACCUGAUGCAUUGGUAGAAAGGACUGAAUUUGGAUUCCGAUUAGCUGCUUAAUGUCUGCUUUGGGUUAUUUGUUCCUUGUGUCCGUGAACCACUUGCCCGCCUUUCUGAACUUCAGUGUCUGUGAGGAAUUUGAACUCGGUGAGUUCUGUGGCCUAGCCCUUCCUGGCUCUCAGGCCUCCCUGUCAGUUGCCCUCUGAAUUGGGGACGGGCUAAGUGCCGCUCUAGUCCGCUCUAGUCAGACCCCACGUGCCCCAGAACCAAAGCAACCUUGGUUAGGGUGGAUGCUGUUCCCUUCAUUUGGAGGCCGUUCCCUAGUACAGAGUUCAUUGAUAAGCGUUCAUCCCGGAUGGUGAUAGACCAUGUAACUGAGAUGACAAUCUUCAGUCUUCUAACCUUUGCCUUCUGAGGAGCUCAGGGUUGAAUGCACCUCUUCAUGAGGCUGAAGCAUGUGGAAGGGUGUGGCUCUCCUACCCUCUAGAGUUCAUCUGGCUUUUCCAUGCUUUAGAACAGAAUAGAAAGUCAUGUUCUUCCUCUCUGAAAAACCUCUAGAGGGGCAGCCAGGUGGUGCAGUGGAUAAAGCACCGGCCCUGGAUUCAGGAGGACUGAGUUCAAAUCCGGCCUCAGACACUUGACACUUACUAGUUGUGUGACCCUGGGCAAGUCACUUAACCCUCAUUGCCCCACAAAAACCAGACCCAAAAAAACCCCUCUAGAAUGGGCUUAACCCACCAACCCAUAGAACUGACCCUAUUGCACUUCUCCAUUGUGAUGAAUGUACCUGUGAAAUGAGGGCUCUCCCAGCCCUCUUCCCCUCAUUCUGUGAAGCCAGUGAUAAGGCUGUGAGUUGGAGGGGGCCGUGAGGGAGGGCAAGUGGCCAAAACCCUCAGAGGAAUAGUUAGUCCCUCUGUGGUCUUUGAGUCACGGAGAGGGAACCACUCCCUAGAUCAGGAGUUUGCUGAAGUAGGUGAGGGGGAAAGAUGGGCUGGGGGCUGCUUCCCAGCCCGAGAGCUUGAGAGGGCCUGUAAUAGCCACACUUGUCUUUUAGAAAGAAACUUGCUUGCUAAUCAUUGUAUACGCUGAGCUGCAUAAGUUUUAUGUGUGAAGUUCUCCUUCAGCCAAGUCUGGGGGGAAGGGGGUUAUGUUGGUUGGAAAGUAGGCCACACCCUUUAAAAGGAGCCAAAGGAAAACAAGUGAUUCUACUAAUCACAUCAAACUUAAUGUGUGGGUAAUAUAUAUAUAAGGGGUUUUAUAUAUAUUAUGCCAGUCACCACAUUGCUAUAUGUGUGUAUGUAUAUCUGUAUACACACACUCGACUGUGAAAGUUGAUGUAUAUUUAUUUAAUUCAAAUUAAAAUGCUGUAUCCCUUUUUAACCCUGCUUUUUUUUUUCUUUUUUGUUCCCCAACAUUGUGGUCUCUGAUUUGUUCAAGAUAGAUUUGUCAUGUUCUACAAGGGCAGCCUGCUAUGGGGAUUUUGUGCCUGCUCUUUCCACAGGUUCCAAAGGACGCCGAAGUGCUCUCUGGAUAAUUGUUAGAUUCAGUUGGAUAAACCUGAGACCAGAGCACAGGCCCCUUUCUCUGGCAUCGUUUGGCUGCAUAGAUCUGUGCUUGUUAGGAAUGACAACGCCUGUAGUCUGGAUCUUCUGCAGGUUUCUGUCUCAGAAAUGCUUAGAAACGCACAAAGAAAACUUAGGCUCUUUCCACACCUAGCCUGGCUCCUGAGUCACAAAUACAUGGAGUGUUGAUCUUCUGUGAUGUGUUUGUAUGUCGGCCUCCCACCUUUAUCCUUCAGAUCAAGACUUGUUAAGGAAUAAUACCCAUUUCUAUUUCCUAAGAGCUGGUAAGUGAUGCAGACUUAAGAUGUCUGUUUGGUUUCACAACUUCAGAAGUAGCUGUUCAUAAAUCAUUAAUUGUUGUAAAGCAGGCAAAUAAUUUCAAGCCAGAUACUUUUUUUUUUAAUUUCUUUUUUUUUAGUGAGGCAAUUGGGGUUAAGUGACUUGCCCAGGGUCACACAGCUAGUAAGUGUUAAGUGUCUGAGGCUGGAUUUGAACUCAGGUACUCCUGACUCCAGGGCCGGUGCUCUAUCCACUGCGCCAUCUAGCUGCCCCAAGCCAGAUACUUUUAAGGAAAAUCAGACUGGAGUAAUUCCUAGCAUCUCCCACUAGUGCCACUAUUGGUUUUUUGGAGCAAAAGUACCCUGGCUGGGAUGAAAGAUGAUCUGUUUGAACUGUACUUCUAAGCAUCUAACAGAAUGUGUCACGAUUAUAAAAUAUCAAAGCUGGUUAGCCUGUCUCUAAGGGCCUUCUCAGCUGUGACAGUGCAUUUUUCCUUUGUUGCAUAAUCACUGUGACACUGGCCCUUUUCAUAAGUACGUGGGAGCAAGAAAGGACCUCAGAAGUCAUUACAUGCAGGAGUCCAAAGAUUUUUUGGUCCUUGUGUCUUUUCAGCAAACUUUCCUGCACCUCCUAUUCAAUAGGAAAAAUAAAUUAUACAGCAAAUAAGAAAUAAAAUAGGAAAUUUUUCAAAAAUGACUGGGACGUGAUUUAAGAGUAUAUCCGGGGGGGCGGCUAGGUGGUGCAGUGGAUAAAGCACUGACCCUGGAUUCAGGAGUUCCUGAGUUCAAAUCUGGCCUCAGACACUUGACACUUACUGGCUGUAUGACCCUGGGCAAGUCACUUAA